UGGUCCGCGGAUCCGUGACGCAUAAACACGGAAGUGCUCUGCCGUUGGGGAAGAUGGCAGCUCGCAGGUGUCUCGGGCUCUGGUUCUUUUUAAUAACAUUAUGCGUCGUUUCUACCGGCGCCGACGUCCUCCACACGACACCAGUCACCGGUACUGAGAGCAGCGCGGCCGGCACAGAGACGGUGGUAGCGAGGGAACAACCCGAAGCCCCUUCGGACCCGGGGGAGCACACCGCGGCCGAGCCUACCCGGGAGGGGGAGCAGAACGACCGGACUAGGGGGGGGGAGCAGACCCGAGGCCAGCCGACCCGGGAGGAGGAGCAGGAGCAGGAGCAGGAGCAGGAGAAGACCAGGGAGGGGGAGGAACUGACCAGGGAGGGGGAGCAGACCCCAGCCCAGCCGACCCGGGAGGAGGAGGAAGAGGAAGAGGAGCAGGAGCAGACCAGGGGGGAGGAGGAGUUGACCAGGGAGGAGGAGGAGUUGACCAGGGAGGAGGAGGAGUUGACCAAGGAGGAGGAGGAGCUGACCGCGGAGGAGGAGGAACAGACCAGGGAGGAGGAGGAGCUGAUCAGGGAGGAGGAGGAGCUGACCACAGAGGAGGAGGAGCUGACCACGGAGGAGGAGGAGCUGACCACAGAGGAGGAGGAGCUGACCAGGGAGGAGGAGGAGCCGACCAGGAAGGAGGAGGAGGAGGAGCAGCAGACCACUGCCCAGCAGGAGGAGCAGACCAGGCGGUGGGAGGCGACGGAGUUGGAGGAGGAGCAUGUCCAUGAUGCUGCCGUUCCCCCCCCGGCCGCGGACCCCCCGUCCCCGCCGCCGUCCAAAGACGACUUCCAGGAGGAGCUGGUGAUCCGACCGCUCCACUCCGGAGACAUCUACGCCAGCUUCCAGUUCCGCACGGUCUGGGACGCGGACUUCAUGGGAGACCAGAAAGUGUCCCACUACCGGCUGUUCCCCAAGUCGCUGGGCCAGGUGAUCACCAAGUUCUCGGUGCGAGAGCUGCACAUCUCCUUCACCCAGGGCUACUGGAGGACGAUGCAGUGGGGUCAGCCCUACCUGCCCUCCCCCCCGGGUGCCGAGCUCUGGGUCUGGUUCCAGGACACGGUCACUGACGUGGACGGAACGUGGAAGGAGCUGACCAACGUGCUGUCGGGGAUCUUCUGCGCCUCGCUGAACUUCAUCGACUCCACCAACACGGUGCAGCCCAGUGCCUCCUUCAAACCUCUGGGCAUCGGCAACGUGACGGACCACAGCUUCCUCCGCUACGCGACGCUCCCGCGGGAGAUCGUCUGCACCGAGAACCUGACUCCCUGGAAGAAGCUGCUGCCGUGUGGCUCCAAGGCCGGUCUGUCGGUCCUGCUGAAGUCGGAGAAGCUCUUCCACAGCACCUUCCACUCCCAGGCCGUGCACGUGAGGCCGGUCUGCCAGGACCCCCAGUGCCGGACCACCUCCAUGGAGCUGAGGCAGACCCUCAACGUGGUGUUCGACCUCCACACCUCCGGCCAGGGCAAGCGAGAGUGGUCGCUGUUCAAGAUGUUUUCCCGGACCCUGACGGAGGGGUGUCCGCUGGCCUCCUCCAGCAAGGUGUACGUCGACGUCACGGACAACCCGCAGGGGGAGCAGUUUGAGCUGAGCCCGGCCACGCCCCUACUGACCCAGGCCGUGGUUCUGGGAGACCGGAGGACCUACUCCGUCUACGACCUCACCCAGCAGGCCUCCUUCGGGUCCUCACGCUCCCUCAACAUGCUGCUGCGCUGGAAGGCCGCCGAUGGCGAGAUGCUGCGCCCGCUGCUCCACAGCGAGCGCUACGUGGCGGGCUACGGCCUGCAGGCGGGCGAGAUCCACACGCUGAUAUACAACCAUCACCCGUACCGCGCCUUCCCCGUGCUGCUGCUGUCCGCCGUGCCCUGGUACCUGCGGCUCUACAUCCACACGCUGACCGUCAGCAGCAAGGGCAAGGACAACCGGCCCAGCUACAUUCACUACCAGCCGUCCAAGGACCGGGAGAGGCCCCACCUGCUGGAGAUGCUGCUGCAGCUGCCGCCCAACUCCGUCACCGAGGUCACGGUGGAGUUCGAGAGGGCGCUGCUCAAGUGGACCGAGUACACCCCUGACCCCAACCACGGCUUCUACGUCGGGUCGUCGGUCAUCAGCGCCCUGGUGCCCAGCGUGGUCGCCAUGGACACCAACAGCACCCUGGACCGCCCGCUCUUCAGCAGCUUCUUCCCCUGCAAGGAGGAGGCCAGCUACUUCAUGCGCGUCUACACGGAGCCGCUGCUGGUCAACCUGCCCACGCCCGACUUCAGCAUGCCCUACAACGUCAUCUGCCUCACCUGCACCGUGGUCGCCGUGGGUUACGGCUCCCUGUACAACCUGCUGACGCGCACCUUCCAGGUGGACGAGCCCAGCCCCGGGCUCGCCAAGCGCAUCGCCAACGUCAUCCGCCGGUUCAGAGGGGUGCCGCUGCUAUGAUGACAGUGGCAGGAAGUGACGUCACGGCUAGCGGUGCUGAGCGGCGGCGGCGGAGGCGGGACGGUGGAGCUCGCCCGCUCGAGCCGAACAACGUGACAAAAGUCUGUUGUUCAGGGAGGGGGAGGGGGGGGGGGGGCGACAAACGGGAAAGUCUGUUGUUCAGGGGGGGGGGGGGGGGGGGUCAAGCACUGAUAUGGUUGUGUUGUUUACGCUGUCGAAGGGCCGUUGUCCUGCGUUUGUUUGUUUUUGAACGAGGGACAGCUGGGUUUAUUUUAAGGAUUCUGAUUCUUUUGCUGCUCAUGGAUCGUUUUCAUUUGUGUUCUAACGGAUGAACGGGGGCUGGAUCGGGUUCCUAGACGAAGAAGAAGCAGCGUUCUCCGUCGCUCUGCUACAGUGACGGCUCUGGCUGUUUUUGUUUUAGCCGUGUUGGGUUUCCUCCUCGUGUGCGACUCGUCUGUUUUCUACCCGGUGAUGUCACUCCUGCUACGGGCCAAUCAGAGGGCUGUUCUGCUCCUGAGGGCUGGGAGUCCUUGUGAUUAAGGCCCAAUCCCAUUUCUACCCCUUACCCCUUCCCCUUACCCCUUCAAAACAAGGAGGAGGGGUAAGAGCAAGGGGAAGGGGUAAGAAAUGGGAUUGGGCCUAAAACGUGUGGUUGGUGAAAAUGUACAAACUGUAAAAAAAACCUGGCAUUUAUUGUAGCUUUUAUACACCUAUUGAAAAUAACUCAAUAGAUUUUAAUUAAAUCCGAAUUUGAAUGAGUGGAGCAUGUUUGCCAUUUUAGGAUCACUUACACUACGGGAACUUUAAAUUUACAUUAACGUGCAUGAAUUAGCGCAUGUGUUUCUCCAUCUCCAAAAGCUUUUUUUCUUUUUGGGUCACUUUUGCAAGACUGCAACAUGCUUACUAGAUCAUAUUUAUUCUGACCUGAUACCAUAGGGAGAACGGGUGGUCAUAUUUAUUUGUUCAGAAUCAAAUGUUAACGGGAACAAAUCUAACGGGUGAGUAUUCUCCAUUAAUCUUCUCCACUUACGACUAUUUAUUAUGAUGUUUUGGGGUCAAUGAGAAUGAGAAUUCUUUUGAAUAAUUAUGAAAAUAAAGGUUUAUUUAAAAACA